UUGUGUGUCUCGCGCCGGGGGCGCGGGAGGGAGCGGGGGAGCUCGCGCGCGAGAGGCGAAGGAGGCGGCGGCGGGCGCGGAGCCGACCCUACCUGGCUGGAGCGCCGCCGCCCGCUCCCCGCUCCCUGCUCCCUCUCCCCGCGGGCUGACAGGCAGGAAUGGUCCUGAACAUCGUGAGCACCUGACUUCAAAGAUGGAAAGCCGGAUCUGUUACAAGUUGUGAUUGGCCUUAAGCUGACUUUAAACCGUUGAAGAACUUAACAGGAUUUCUAUCAUUCCUGAUUUAUGCCUAUCUAAUAGCCUCACACCACCAGCUUAAUCAUGUAUGGAAGUGCUCGGUCAGUUGGUAAGGUGGAGCCAAGCAACCAGAGCCCCGGGCGUUCACCAAGGCUGCCGCGGUCACCACGCUUGGGCCAUCGUCGAACCAACAGCACAGGAGGCAGUUCUGGGAGUAGUACUGCGGGUGGCAGUGGGAAAACCCUUUCUAUGGAAAAUAUUCAGUCCUUAAACGCUGCCUAUGCUACGUCUGGCCCUAUGUAUCUAAGUGACCAUGAGAACGUGGGUGCAGACACCCCAAAAAGCACCAUGACUUUGGGCCGAUCCGGGGGGCGGCUGCCUUACGGUGUUAGGAUGACUGCAAUGGGGAGCAGCCCUAACAUCGCCAGUAGUGGAGUUGCCAGUGAUACUAUCGCAUUUGGAGAGCACCAUCUCCCUCCAGUGAGCAUGGCAUCCACUGUGCCUCACUCGCUGCGCCAGGCCAGGGAUAACACGAUAAUGGAUCUGCAGACACAACUCAAAGAAGUGUUGAGGGAAAACGAUCUGCUUCGCAAGGAUGUGGAGGUGAAAGAAAGCAAGCUGAGUUCUUCCAUGAACAGUAUAAAGACCUUCUGGAGUCCUGAGCUAAAAAAGGAGAGAGCUCUGAGGAAAGACGAAGCUUCAAAAAUCACCAUUUGGAAGGAACAAUAUAGAGUUUUGCAAGAAGAAAACCAGCAUAUGCAGAUGACUAUCCAGGCUCUCCAAGAUGAGCUUCGGAUCCAGCGGGACCUGAACCAGCUGUUCCAGCAGGACAGCAGCACCAGAACCAGCGAGCCCUUUGUGGCGGAGCUGACAGAGGAAAACUUCCAACGGCUUCAUGCAGAGCACGAACGCCAGGCCAAGGAACUCUUCCUGCUACGUAAAACCUUAGAAGAGAUGGAACUGCGUAUUGAGACACAGAAACAGACCUUAAAUGCACGUGAUGAGUCCAUCAAAAAGCUGCUGGAGAUGCUGCAGAGUAAAGGUCUGUCAGCAAAAGCCACUGAGGAAGAUCAUGAGCGGACAAGACGGUUGGCUGAGGCAGAGAUGCACAUGCACCACUUGGAGAGCCUUCUUGAACAGAAGGAGAAAGAAAACAACAUGCUGAGAGAGGAGAUCCAUCGUCGAUUUGAAAAUGCUCCUGACACAGCCAAGACAAAGGCUCUGCAAACUGUUAUUGAGAUGAAGGAUUCAAAAAUUUCUUCCAUGGAGCGUGGUCUCCGGGAUUUGGAAGAAGAGAUUCAGAUGUUGAAGUCAAAUGGAGCUCUGAGCACAGAGGAACGUGAAGAGGAAAUGAAGCAAAUGGAGGUGUACCGUAGUCAUUCCAAAUUCAUGAAAAAUAAGGUAGAGCAACUGAAGGAAGAGCUAAGUGCCAAAGAGGCUCAAGGGGAGGACCUGAAAAAAAGAGUGGCUGGUCUCCAGGCCGAGGUCUCUGCAAUUGGUCAGGUGAAACAGGAGCUGUCACGCAAAGACACCGAGUUGCUGGCCUUGCAGACAAAGCUGGAGACCCUCACAAAUCAGUUCUCCGACAGCAAGCAGCAUAUCGAAGUUCUGAAAGAGUCUCUUACAGCUAAAGAGCAAAGAGCUGCCAUCCUGCAGACAGAGGUGGAUGCAUUGCGGUUACGCCUGGAAGAGAAGGAGACCAUGCUAAAUAAGAAGACAAAGCAGAUUCAGGAGAUGGCAGAAGAGAAGGGAACUCAAGCAGGAGAGAUCCAUGACCUCAAGGACAUGUUAGAGGUGAAGGAGCGCAAAGUUAAUGUUCUUCAGAAGAAGAUUGAAAAUCUUCAAGAACAGUUAAGAGACAAGGAGAAGCAAAUGAGCAGCUUAAAGGAUCGAGUGAAAUCCUUGCAGGCUGACACCACAAAUACUGACACUGCCUUGACCACAUUGGAAGAAGCACUUGCAGAAAAAGAAAGGACCAUUGAACGCCUAAAGGAGCAACGUGACAGAGAUGAACGAGAAAAACAGGAAGAGAUUGACAACUACAAAAAAGACAUUAAGGACCUGAAAGAGAAAGUCAGCAUUUUACAAGGAGAUCUCACAGAGAAAGAGACAUCCUUACUGGAUCUGAAGGAACAUGCUUCCUCCUUAGCCUCAUCAGGACUGAAGAAAGAUUCAAGACUCAAGACGCUGGAAAUCGCAUUGGAACAGAAAAAAGAAGAAUGUUUGAAGAUGGAAACUCAGUUGAAGAAGCAUCCUGAAGUUUUAUUGAGUCAUCCAUCCAAGCCAGCUCAUGAGGCCACACUGGAGGCGAGGGCCAGCCCAGAGCUCAGUGAUCGUAUGCAGCAGCUGGAAAGGGAGGUAACACGGUAUCGGGAAGAAUCUAGCAAGGCUCAGGCUGAAGUGGAUCGUCUUCUUGAGAUCUUGAAAGAGAUGGAAAACGAGAAGAAUGAUAAGGAUAAGAAAAUAGCAGAACUGGAGAGCCUCACCUCAAGGCAAGUUAAAGAUCAAAAUAAGAAAGUAGCAAAUCUGAAGCACAAAGAGCAAGUGGAGAAAAAGAAGAGUGCACAGAUGCUGGAGGAGGCCAGGAGACGAGAGGAUAACCUUAAUGACAGCUCCCAACAGCUUCAGGACAAUCUACGUAAAAAGGAUGAUCGGAUUGAAGAAUUGGAAGAGGCACUCAGAGAAAGUGUUCAGAUAACUGCAGAGCGGGAAAUGGUGCUAGCACAAGAGGAGUCAGCCAGGAUGAAUGCUGAGAAACAGGUAGAAGAGCUGAUGAUGGCCAUGGAGAAGGUUAAGCAGGAACUGGAGUCAAUGAAAGCUAAAUUGUCUUCUACACAACAGUCUUUGGCUGAGAAGGAAACCCAUUUGACCAACCUGCGAGCUGAGAGAAGGAAACAUUUGGAGGAAGUCCUGGAAAUGAAACAAGAAGCCCUUCUUGCUGCCAUUAGUGAAAAAGAUGCCAAUAUUGCUCUGCUAGAACUUUCAUCCUCUAAGAAAAAGACCCAAGAUGAAGUCGCUGCCCUGAAACGAGAGAAGGACCGUCUCGUGCAACAGCUCAAGCAGCAGACUCAGAACCGUAUGAAGCUGAUGGCUGACAACUAUGAGGAUGACCACCUCAAAUCCUCUUCCCAUUCCAACCAAACCAACCACAAGCCCUCCCCUGACCAGAUAAUUCAGCCCCUCCUAGAACUUGAUCAAAAUCGCAGCAAGUUGAAGUUGUACAUUGGACAUCUGACAGCCCUCUGCCAUGACCGUGACCCCCUGAUUCUGCGUGGACUCACCCCACCUGCUUCCUACCACCUGGAUGAUGACCGGGCAGCUUGGGAGAAAGAGCUGCAGAAGAUGACCCAGGAGCAGCUUCAUGAGGAGUUAGAAAAAGGCGAGAAGGAAAGCGCAGAGCUGCAGGAGUUUGCCAACGCCAUCUUACAGCAGAUAGCGGAUCACUGCCCUGACAUCCUGGAGCAAGUCGUCAAUGCACUUGAGGAGUCAUCAUGACCUCGGCCACUAGCCCCAACCAGAGCAGCACACCAGUGGCCAAGCCCAGUCGGUCCAAGGAGCCAUGAGAGUGGAGAGGAAUGUGAAAAACAGAAAAUGGAAUAGAAACUUCUGGUGCACCUUUUACAAAGAAAACAAAACAAAAAAAACUCUAAAAACUACAUGCUCUCUAGGCUCUUCCAGUCUAUGAUUAAUUAGUCAUGUUUGCGUUCAUCUUCUCAUUGCCUUUCUACUUCAGAAUCCGAUUCCCCGUUGACUUUGUUGAUGGUGACUUUUGGAUACAGCUAACCAGAGCUCUUCCGAGUCUACUGAGCAAAGAAGAGGGGAUCCACACAAUACAAGCAGCUCUAGUUCUCUGUGAGGUUACAGAAGGAUAGCCCUUGCCUUUCACUCAUUUAUUGUUUCUUUCUUCUUUCUUUUUCUUUUUUUUUUUUUCCGUAAAAGCUGAAAGCCUGAAUUUCAUAGUGCUAAAACCAAAUCUGAGUGUGCUCUGAUUACGGCUCACAACUGGCCAGCAUCAGCUAGCUAGCUCAGGUCUUGCUGCCUGUCUCAAUGUUUCUUAUGUUCUUAAAUAACAAAGAGAGGAAAGUUUCCCUAUUUGUUCCUGUUAGUCACUUCAUCUAGCAGCUGGGAAACAAGGUAGGCAUACCGGUACUUUCUGUUUGCUUAACUUCGAUUUUUAUUGUUCACUGAUCUGACUCUAAAGUGCCAAGUGGGGCAUUUUUUCAGGUAACUGUUUUCAUCUGCUGAUUUCUUGGUUAUUUUAGCUGAGGUUUCUCAUCAUAGGUCUCUGUCUCCUAAGUUCUUAUUUUAUAGAGAGCUCUCUCCCUUCAAGCAGGUGUGGUCAACAGCUCAGCUCCCAGCUUUAAUUUGGAUACUUUGUCCAUUGCAAAUUUUUCAGGCUAUAGCUUUGUGAACACUGGCUGCCAACAGAAUAGUACUAGGUAUUUUGUAAAUGAGAAAAUUGCACCAUUUAGCUUAAAAGUGUAAUUUGAAAGCUAAGUUAGGUAAAUCAGUAACAUCGUUCUCACUAUAAUUAUAAUUUAAUUUAUUUUGGUGUAGCUUAGGUCGACAAGGAACGAGUCUGAGUUCAGAGCUAUAACCCAUUCUUAUAAAAAAGAGCAUCUCCGCUGGAGUUGGCACCCAGCUGAGUACACAGGUAUAAAAUCACAGCUUUAGUUAAAUCAGUGCAAUUCUUCUAUGUCUAUGAGAGGCCUUAGUCUUGUUCCCAUCCAUCUGUGACACUCGUUAAAGCCCCUGCUGAUAGGGAAUAUGACCUGAAAUAGCAGGUCAGUUUGUCAUUGUGGUAGAAAGCCAGAAUCCUAUUUUGUGAGUAGGACUUUCAUGUUCAUUCUUGGACUAUGCAUUAACGGAGAGACACAUUUUUUUGUGGCUACCAGUGGCUGUGUGUGUGGGGGGGCAUCUGCAGGACAGAACCCUUUAACAUGUCCCCAUGUGCUCCUUAAAGGAGUUGUUCCCCUUUAGCUUUCAACACAGCAGUGGAAGAAAUCUUGUUUUUUCUAGUCACUAGCUAAUUAUGAAUCCUCUCAGUAAACCUCCCAUUCAGAGCCUCCCAUUUAAUCACUAAACUGUUACGCUAAGGAAAAUGUUCCAAUAUCUUUCAGGAAAACUGCAUUUCAUAUGUCUUUCAAAUCCACAGCACAGUUCCCCUGUAGGUCUUUCACACCUUGUUUUUAUCUUAACAAGUGACCGAUUGCUGCCAAUAGUUAAGAGAUCAGCCAAAGUUUGAGUAAGGGAAGAUGUACCCUGUCUUUUUUUUCAAACAAGCGCUGAAAAUUGGGCAACACUGAAACCUUUUAUACCUGUGGACUCUGUUGUAAUCUGAUUUAAAAUAAAUCACAUCCCAUUUCAUUCUACUGUAAUGAUUCAGCAGAAGGAACUGGAUCCAUAACCACAGUGUCCACUAGCAAGAAAUAUGUAAGUCUCCAAAUAAGAGGCGAUUCACACCUUUUCCGUGUUUUGAACUGCCCGUGUCAAAUUGGGAAACAUAGCUUUAGUUCUCACUGUAGAAGCAGCCUGUGUCUGAAGCCUUUUUUGUCAUGGAUGAGGAGAGUAAUGGGAACCUGAAUGUUUGCAAGGGGGCACGCCGGAAGGCGUGUAGACGGUGACUGUACACACCACUGAGCUGUGUCUCAUCCCAGAACCACCACCCUUUUGGUCCCAUUAUUUGAGUCAGCACGUUUCGAUAGGAGCUGUUGUUUGGAAAUCUUCCCCUUCUUGCUUUUUCUUCAUCACCCCUAAUUACUCACUCAAGGAAUUUAACGCUGCCUGUAAAAGCAUCAGAGCCAUCAGCCUAACAUCAUCCCGCCACCGCUCCUGACUAUCUCAUUAACUUAUAUGGUCAAAUCUCCAGCUGCCCCGGUUCCCUGCUGUAAAACAAUCCCUCCUCUGUGAGAAGCUGUGGAAUUUCCCUUAUCGAUGGUUCAAAUGACUCCUGCUUGUAAACCUCUUACUGAGAUGUUCCUUGAUAGUGUUUCUGCUGCAGGCAGAGGCCGGGGGAGGGGAUGGCAAUGAGGGGUGGUCACUCCGGGCUGUUAUUUCAGUUCCCUGGGUUGGUCACUCGGGGCUGUUGUUUCAGUUCCCUGGGUUGUCCGUGCAUUGGAGAGAGGCUCCAGGUUUCAGUGCCGGUUCUUUGCAUCUUUAAGUCAGCUGCCAACCUGUGACUGCAUUUCUAAAAGGUGCCCAAAGGCACUUUGCUGUCCUGACAAGCGUGUGCAAGAUCCAUGUGUCGGCAGCCAGGUGAAUCUCGCUGUUUACAUAUCUCUCAGCCUCUUCCCUGCGAGGAUAUGUCAAGCCUGGCUAGUUUUCACACUGGCCAUUUGGUCUUUUAUCUCCCAGCCACACACCUGCUGUUCCUCCCAUCUGGAUUGUUGGGCCUUUGCGAUUUUUCUUGUUAACCGCUGUUAUCUCCUAAGUCUUCUAGGCUUCCCAUCUUAAACAUUGAUCUCAGACCUCAGUAAAGUGCUUUCAGGGAGAGAGCAGAUCUCAUUUAGGAACAGACUUGAUCCAACUUGAUCUCUGUUGAACUAUUUUGGAUAACUUAUCUGAUCCCGUGUCAACAGAGAUCUUGUCACGGUGAAUAGCUUGAGGAACUAUGUGAUUUGGAAGGUGCUGCCCGCCACAAUUUAGUGCUCAACGUGACCAGUGAAAGCUUUUUCUUUUCACUCAUAUGGAGUUCCGCACCACUGGCCUUAGGGCAAGAAGGGGAUUUUGUUAUCGUAAUCCAUCACAAAAUUGCCUACCGGGCACAUGGCAGAAGGGCCGUAUGUGUACACAUAGUGCAAUGCUCAUCCUGUUGCCUAACCCACCACUGCUCUUUUAAAAUCUCAUACCCAGGUGCCAGCAGCCAGGGAGAUGGAGGCAGUUUCCUAGCACAACCAUCCUGCAACGCAACAGCUCUGGGAAAUUCAGGGGCCCUUCCCAGGCAACCUGGGGGAACUUGCUCUUUCUUCUCUUUUUGAAUGAAGUUCCGUUUGCUACGAGAGCUGUGAAAGUUUUAAUUGCUUUAAUUAUUUUUUUUUUCUUUCAAGCAUUUGUAGAGAAAUUGAGAGAUGUAAGGACUUGAGGGGCUCUCUGUAGAAGAUUAAAUUAGUCAUUUUAUCUGGGUUUGGGCUAAAAAAUAACUCAAGCCUGAAGCCCACAUACAGUGUAAAAGCUAUCACCCCAACCACGUGUGUUCAUGGUAUCCACGACUCCAAAUACGUAUUUUCCUCUGAAUCCAGCCUCAUGUGAAACACUAAAAGGAUGUUACAACACUAAAAUUACAGGGUGAGGACAUGAGCACUGUUUGCGAUUGGAAGAAGAAUUGCCUGGCACGGUCCCAAAGGAAGCUCUAAGCUUCUAGUAUUCUCUCUCAUUUUGACUGCCUUUAACCAGUUUUCCCACUAGAAAAUGCCAAACCCUCUUUGGGGUAUCUGAUUUUUGCCAAGUCCAGGGGACGGAAGGUGAAGUUCUGACGUGAUGCACGGAACUAUGUGUGCCGUUUCUGGUUGCACGGCUGGAAUAUCCCUUCUCUGGCAAAUUUUCUGGUACUUUGGGGCUCUCAGUAUUUUGCACAAGGGAGCAUUAAUGUCAUAAAUCUUGUAGACAUAACCCUGUUUUUUGAACCAAAGGGGCACUUCUUUUCUUUUGCCCUGUAAUUCCUACGCAUUCUGCUGCUAAUGCUCAAUUUGUUGGGAAAUUUCUACAACCGGUAGAAGGUUGACAGGGUUGAGUCCCCGCUCCUGUACUAAUUGCCAAUCGUUGUCACUGAAGGGGUCUUCACAAAGGACGUAGAGAGUCACACGCCGAUACCGCUUUAAAGCAAAAAUUCCACUACGUAAGUAACGCGUAUAUGCUUCAAAUGACUCCGAUGAAAUGCAAAAGGGAAAUAGUACAGUCAAGGUGUCUGAUGUUUAAAAGAAGCCUGUACUCAGCUCAACGCCCGCACUGGAAGAGGGAAGCGGAGAGGACACGGAAGGCUGUGGAUUAACUAACACUGCCCCAGCAAAGCCGACGGGGUAGGAGGGUCGGGCACGGGGCAGCGCGCCUGGCAAGGCCAACUCUGCCAACCCAUCUUGUCAGUGUGGUGAGGAAAAGGAGUGUUGGGGGGCCAGGGGGCGUUUAAACAAAGUAAUGGUUUUAAUUGUUGGGUUUUUUUCCGCAUAAAUGGAAGGAACCUUUCACAACAGCAGAUCCUUCUGAACAAAAUGGCUGUGUCCACUGACUGUUUUUAAAAAAAAAAAAACUGUUUCAAAACUUUUUAGUGUCAAAGCAUAAACACAGAAAUCCUGACUUUUUUCCAGUGUGUGUGGUGAGUGCUGUAACCCUGUCAUCAGUAUCUCUCCUGACUUUUUCAGGGGUGUUUUUUUCCUGUUUUGUUUUCUGCUUGUCGAUAUUGUCUGUGUGGUCCUAAGGCUGGGGCAGUUACCAACAAUGUGUGUCUGUUGUCAGAUUAAAAAAGAUAGUAGUAGAACUGAAAAAGAUGUGUUUUAAAAAAUAUAUUAAAAAAAUUUCAUCAAAAGGAAUUCAAGUGAAGAAGCAACAAAGCCAUGACUCCUCCUCUCGGGAUUGUACGGAAAAGGAUUUGUGGGCUUAUAAUUAUAAACAGUUGCCUUUCACAGGCUUUUGAGGUCCAAGGCAGCUUGGCCUCUUAAGAAAUGUUACGAACCCUGUAUAAAUUCCUGCUUUGCCAGGCUUAUACUGUACACAUGUAAUACAGAAAUGGGCAGAAUAAACCAGUAUUUUGGAAAUCAAUACUUUCUGAUAAGGGAUAUCACCACCAGGUGUCCCUUGAGACAGGAAGAGCUCAUGUAAAUGGGCCAAAUGCUUUGGCCGAAUUUUCCCCGUCUUCUCAGUCGCACCCAUUGAUACUGAGCACCUGUUUAAGUGCGGAUCAGCUGGUGCAGGUAGUCGUGCGUGGGGCCAUUAUCAAAGUUCUGUUUCUUUGUGUCGGGUCUUGGUCACAUAGCUGCGGCAGGUUAUGGUACAGGAAAGGACCAGCAGCCACCUUCUGCUGCAGUUGCAUCAAAGCCUUGCACUACUUAAAAGGAACAACAUGAGGCUAAACCAGCACAAAACGUAAACAAAAAACCCAUGCAAAACUUCACCUAUGUGACUAGGUAAAGAAUUUCAUUAAUGUAUUUUUAAUAUCAAAUUUAUUGUAUACUGGUUUUCCACAUUUUGCACUUCGAGUUUGGGUCUUGAAAAUCAAGUCAAUCGGUUUUGCUUUUAAAUAGAUGUUUCCACUUCAGGUUCUCAGUGCUUUGAUGGGGCUUUUUUAUUCGAAAUAUUGCUUUUCCUUUUGGAAACUGGCAAAAAACACAAUCGGUCUAUCAGUCAUGUGUAGUCUUAUUUGUUAUAAAAUGUCAUCUAAAAGCCAAAUUUGAAGCCAAAUUUUAUAAGCAGACAUUUUUCCUUUACCCCAUCUUCCCAGCUCUCCACAUACACGGCCAAGUCUGUGUCCUCCCUGCCUGCCCGGGGGGGGCUGCAUUUGGCCCUUACUGACAUGCUGGUUACAGUAUAUCUGGGGAGGCUUUAGUGGCAGAUGCCUUUAUACGUUCAGAUGCUAAAAGAGGAUUAAUGAAAUGGGACCAUGAACAGGGGAAUAAUUUCUGUGCUAGCCUAACAUGCUGCUCCAAGCCCACUUAGACAGUAUAUUGCCGUUUCCCUCCAAGUCAGUAAAUGAGGAGCCGCACACCGAGUUCACAAAUAGUUUCUGGGGUUAAAACUUAAAAAAAAAGGUGGGAUUGGGAUGCUCCAUCCACUCAUUUGCUUUGGAAGAGACGUGUUGCACUUUAGCGGAGGGGGAGACAGGCUUUGGGGGUGGGAUCUAGCGUACUUGAAUUCCUUUUUGAAAUAACAGCAGCGGGAGACAUUGAUGUCUGUGAUGCAAGUGCGCACGCUGCCUUCAACUUGUAUGUGUUUUAUUGCUGGAGUUAUGUUACUGGCAGGAUAAUGAAAUUGCAAAGAAAAUGUGUUAUAUUCAACUUUGCCUUGAUAAUAUAAACACUUUGUUCAUUUUUUUUUCUUCUUUUUUUAUUCACAGACUAAGUUCAUCAGGAAAUUAUAAAAUUAUUUAAAAAUUC